CACUUUAUAAAGCUGCUAACGUUUGAGGAUACAUUGCUAAUAUGCUAAAUUUUUCUUUGUGAUUCAGAAUGCAGAGUUAUGAGGAUUGUGCCAGAAAAAUACAGGCGUGUUGGAGAUCAUUCAGAGACAGACGACUCUUCAAACUCCUGAUGAACACUGUGCGAUCAGCUGAACAGUGUCUGGCUUCAGCAGUUCUGCGUCAGCUCAGUCCUAAAGAAGCCGAACUCCUGAAAGACCCCAGUCUGAAGUGCAAACUCAGAUUCAGAUUUGCAGGUCCUCGGUUUCCACCUUUACUUGUGUUCAAGAUCUUUCACACUGGAGGAGGAAGACAUUAUUUAUCAGGGGAAAAAGUCCUCACUUCCUCCAGUCAGGCCACAGCAGACUCCUGCAGGAUGAUGGGAAAUCGAGUGUUUAUGGAUCUCAUUUCAGCAGAUGAAAUUCACAGAGUUGAACCUCAAGAUGUGAUCUGCGUGAGAGACCAUGUGCAGUAUAACAGUCAUCUGGAUGAGCUUCCUGCAUGUUUGGGAGGAAGGGAAAACGGAUGGCGGUUUCUGUCUCUGAAGGUUUUGUCCCGGGACAUCACUCUCAGAAAGAGAUUAAAACCAGGAAUAAGAGGUUUUAGUGCAGGACGGCUGAAUCCAUCUCAUUUUGCCGGACAGCAGCUCUCACACAGAAGUUCUCAGACUUCCUCACGAUGCUCAAGACAUGCUAAAAACACUGCAGCCCGCAAGAGACGCCUCUACAAAGGAGAGUCUCUGAAGGAGACUAAAAAAGUCUCAGAUGAUGAACAUGGCAUGAAGAAAGAGAAAGGGUUGGAGAAAUGGGACAUCAUAGUUUUACCCUCUGUGGAGACUGAAGACAAUGCCGACAGCUCAUCUCAGUCUGAAUGGGAGGAUGAGGCAGAGAAACUGUGCAUCUGGUCAAAACAGCUUAAUAUAGAUGCUAUUUAAACACAUGCAUUCAUGUGGACGGAGAAACUGGGCUGAAGGCCCUACAUACAGCAUAUGUUGAGCGUUUCUGAAUCUGCUGCCUCUUUUGCUCGAUUCCACCUUAUAUGUACAUCCAUCUCUCAAAAGACAUCCAUCUCAGAACAAAUGGAUGUGCUGUGCUACAUUUUUACAACUCAUAAUUCAUAAAUUCUCAUGAAAAAAAAAUGUAUGCAAUGAGUUGCAAAUAGACAUGCAU